ACACACUCACACACACAUACACACACUCACACACAUACACACACACACACAUACGCACACAUACACUCACACACACACGCACACACACACACACACACACAGAGAAAGAGAGAGAAACUCCGAACAGAACACUGUUAUGCCACGGAAGUGACGAUUUGACAGUUUUGAUAAUCGGUUAACGGGGAAACUUUGUGUCGGGUGAAGUUUUUAGAAACCGGAAGCUGAGUUGAGAAAUGAGUUCAAACGAACACUCUCUGCAGGCUCUGUCAUGGAGAAAGCUGUAUCUGAGCCGAGCGAAGCUAAAGGCCACCAGCAGGACCUCAGCACUGCUCUCAGGCUUCGCCAUGGUGGCGAUGGUGGAGGUGCAGUUGGAGCGUGAUUACAAGUACCCGCCCCUGCUCCUGAUUGCGUUCAGCGCCUGCACCACGGUGUUGGUUGCAGUCCAUCUCUUUGCCCUGAUGAUCAGUACCUGCAUCCUGCCCAACAUUGAGGCCGUGAGUAACGUUCACAACCUGAACUCGGUGAAGGAGUCUCCUCACGAGCGCAUGCACCAUCACGUGGAGCUCGCCUGGGCCUUCUCCACCGUCAUCGGCACCUUCCUGUUCCUGAUCGAGGUUCUGCUGCUCUGCUGGGUCAAAUUCCUCCCGCAGAAAAUUUCGCUGAAAGAUGUCGCUGAGGCCUCUAACUCCACCGGGAUCAGUGCCGGAGAGGCCGCCGCCUACGCCUCCACCUUCAUCAUCAUCCCCUGUGGCAUCGUCUUCAUCAUCUUCGCUGUCCAUUUUUAUCGCUCGCUUGUCAGCCACAAAACCGACCGUCAGUUUCAGGAACUUGAGGAGCUCUCCAACCUCACCAGGCUUCAGAAUCAGCUCGACAAUCGAGUGGAGGCUCCAAACAUCCAGAACGCUCCUGCACACUUCCCCUGAACCCUCGCCAUGGCAACGGGAUCCUAAAUCAACACAGCGUCAGUUCACGUUAGCGUCUUUAUAAAAGAUGCCAAGUUUUUAUAGACACUCUUUAUACUAAAAGAACUGACUCAUUUUCUUCGUCUUUUAUUUUGUGAAAUUGUGCUGUUAUUGUUUUGUUUUCAGAAGUGGGCGGGGCUUUAAACAGUAGGAGCUAAACUGAGGCUACAAUUUUACGUCUUCAACAUGAUUUAUAGUCACAGCAUCACAGCAACUGUUGUAAAGGAUGAUGGAUAACUAGCCUGAGCUAUAGAUGCUAGCUAGCGUCUAACUUUACUGCUGAAAGUUAAUGAUACUCUUAACGAGUCACUAACUGCUAACGAGCUCGUUAACAAUGUGCUGAAAAAGAAGUAGAUCAGCGAUUAAACACCAAACCUCCAGUUCACAUCUGCUCUGUUUUCACUGAAGACAUCCAGAGAUUCAUCCAAGUUCAUGCUAAUUCAUCUGUGUUCAAAACAAUAAAUGUUUGUAAAAAACAUAUAUAUAAAAAAAGAUUGAUUAGUGAACCAAUAAAAUUUAAAAGAUAAUGCUAAUUAGCUAAGCAAAACUUUUAUGUUGGUGAACUAUUUACAAAUUUUAGAAAUAAAUUAGAAUUUAUGCUAAUGCGCUAAUCAAAGUAACCACCUGUACCAGUUUAUAUAAUACUUGUAUCUCGGUCUGUUUGUGGUGUUUAAUGAUCUCUGAUCUAAAUCUGAUCUAAUUGUAACUGCAGGAUGUAAAAUGUGGAUUACUUUCAUUAAAAUUAGGGAUUUAAUAAAUAAACCGUCCUAUACAACACACACUAAUAUAGGCGGGGCUAUUAAAGUGGGCGGAGCUAAUGUUGGAAGAAAACGGGGUAAAAAUAUUCUGAAAUGUUUGUAAUUAUUUUAAAAUAUUUCAUUUUAAAUGAUGAAAGCAGACAGUGUUACUGAGUGUGCUGUUAGCGUUAGCAUGUACGUUAACGGUGUGUGUGGUGUGUGUGGUGUUAAUGUUAGCGCAGUAACAUACUCUAGCGGGGGAUGAAAUUUAAUUUCAGGGCCAGAAAAGUCCAAGCAAUUUCCUUCUUUUUCACUUAAUAGUGUGUUUAUUAUUAUUUUUAUACAUUUUUACCCCCAUUUUCUCCCCAAAUAGUGAUAUUGUUAUUAUAAUGUAACCAUGUGUCAGUGUUUUACAAGUUUGACACUUUACGAUUACGUCACUUUAAAAAUAUUUGAAUAAAUGAAAAAAUAAUUUCAGAUAAAACAAACAAUCAGAGUUUAAUAUUCUUCAUGACCUUCUGAUUAAAGCUCAACUGCUUUUCAGGAAGCCCUAAGUUAGUGUCCUCGUGUGAGUACCCUCAUGUGAGUGUCCUUGUGUGAGUGCCCUCAUGUGAGUGUCCUCAUGUGAGUGCCCUUGUGUGAGUGUCCUCGUGUGAGUGCCUUCGUGUGAGUGUCCUUGUGUGAGUGCCCUCAUGUGAGUGUCCUCGUGUGAGUGUCCUCAUGUGAGUGCCCUCGUGUUGGUGUCUUCAUGUGAGUGCCUUCGUGUGAGUGUCCUCAUGUGAGUGUCCUUCUGUGAGUGUCCUCAUGUGAGUGUCCUUGUGUGAGUGUCCUCAUGUGAGUGUCCUUGUGUGAGUGUCCUCAUGUGAGUGUCCUUGUGUGAGUGUCCUCAUGUGAGUGUCCUUGUGUGAGUGUCCUCAUGUGAGUGUCCUUGUGUGAGUGUCCUCAUGUGAGUGUCCUCAUGUGAGUGCCCUCGUGUUGGUGUCUUCAUGUGAGUGCCUUCGUGUGAGUGUCCUCAUGUGAGUGUCCUUCUGUGAGUGUCCUCAUGUGAGUGUCCUUGUGUGAGUGUCCUCAUGUGAGUGUCCUCAUGUGAGUGUCCUUGUGUGAGUGUCCUCAUGUGAGUGUCCUUGUGUGAGUGUCCUCAUGUGAGUGUCCUUGUGUGAGUGUCCUCAUGUGAGUGUCCUUGUGUGAGUGUCCCCAUGUGAGUGUCCUCAUGUGAGUGUCCUUGUGUGAGUGUCCUCAUGUGACUGUCCUUGUGUGAGUGUCCUCAUGUGAGUGUCCUUGUGUGAGUGUCCUCAUGUGAGUGUCCUCAUGUGAGUGUCCUUGUGUGAGUGUCCCCAUGUGAGUGUCCUCAUGUGAGUGUCCUUGUGUGAGUGCCUCAUGUGAGUGUCCUCAUGUGAGCCCUUUCACACACACAUUGAGUCGGUGUUGAACUCGUCUCAGCCGCUGAUCCUCUCCAGACGAAGUGUUUCUGUUUUUGAGCCAGACUCCUGCUGUAGUGUUUGAGGUGUUUACUUCUCUCCUGAUCUCCAGCUUUAAGCCUCUGUUCAGUAUUUCAGUAUUUUACACAGUGUGACUUUCUACUGAUGUUUUAUUUCAUCUUUUUAAACCCAAAAUGUUCAUUUAAAAUUAUUCAGAUUUAAACUUUGAAACUCAAACGGUUCUAAAGACGGGACAAAAAAGUUCUUUUAAAUGUUUCUGUAUCACAAUAUUGUGUUUAAUGUGUGUAUAUUUCAUCAGAUGUUUGUUACAAUAAUCACCAAAUUCUCUGUAGUGAAUAAAUCAGAACUCCAAA